AUGCAUCCUUUGGCGGCUGCGGAGCUGCAGGCCGCCCGCGAUGGCAUUCCAUUCCGUGCAAAGACGCAGCACCUCCACCGCACCUGGGCCCGUACCUUUGCCUCUCUGCCCGAGCUCUACAUCCAGCCCGAGUCGCUUGAGGAGGUGGAAAAGAUUGUCAAACUUGCUCGGCAAUGUCGUCGCCGCAUCGUCACCACUGGCUGCGGACACUCCCCCUCCAACAUUACCUGCACGUCGAGCUGGAUGGUCAACCUUGACAGCUUCAGCAAGGUGCUCGACGUUGAUACCGACACGGGCGUCGUGACAAUGCAAAGCGGCAUCCGCCUUUACGCUCUCGGCGAGGAGCUUGAGAAGCAUGGUCUCGCCAUGCCAAACCUCGGCAGCAUCAAUCAGCAGUCGAUAGCGGGCGCAAUAUCUACCGGCACACACGGUAGCAGUCUGCGUCACGGCCUCGUGUCCGAAGACAUCGUUUCCUUGAAAAUCACCCUCGCGAGCGGCGUCACCGAGCUUUGCUCCGCCGAUACGAACCCGGAUCUCUUCCGUGCCGCCCUCCUGUCUCUCGGUGCGCUCGGCAUCAUCACCGAAGUUACGCUACGUGCCGUCCCGGCUUUCACCCUCCGAUGGAAGCAGACCAUCGACACGGACCUCAAGUUGUUCAAGUCCUGGUCGCACGACCUGUGGACCCAAAGCGAAUUUGUGCGAGUCUGGUGGUUCCCAUACACUCGCCGUGCCGUCGUGUGGCAGAGCGAGAAGACGGGAGAUGCCGAGCUUCCUCCUCCCGUCAGCUACUACGACAAGGCACUGGGCUACUACGUCUACCAUAACCUUCUUUACCUCGCCCAAUUCGUCCCGCGCCUCCUGCCCUGGAUCGAGCGCUUUGUCUUCGGUUGCCAGUACGGCUUCGCCAAUGGCUCGACGACGACCGCUGUCCAGCCUAGUCGAAAGGCGCUGCUGAUGAACUGCCUUUACUCCCAGUUUGUCAACGAGUGGGCCAUCCCCCUCCACAAGGGCCCCGAGGCCUUGCGACGGCUCAGCUCCUGGAUCAACCGCUUGACGCCCGAUGAUGCCGACUACGUUCCUCAUGACAUUCCCUUUUCCGCCGACGGCCUGUACGUCCACGCGCCUGUCGAGGUUCGCGUGAGCGACACCACCUUGACCUCCAACCUUCGACCCUUCCUAGACCCCACCGUCGUCGACGGACCAACGCUGUACCUCAACGCGACACUGUACCGACCGUACUGGAACGAUCCGCCCUGCAGGUCGCGGUACUACGAGGCAUUUGAGUGGCUCAUGAAGGACCUCGGCGGGAGACCGCACUGGGCCAAGAACUUCGAGACGUACCGGCCAGACAUUGAAGCCAUGUACGGAAAAGAAUUGGACGAGUAUCGCCGUGUCCGAAACGAAGCCGACCCAGACGGUAUGUUUGUUGGGCCCUGGCACAGAGACCGCAUUCUCGCGGGCCCGAAGCUCGAGCUGGAGGAGACGGAGACGGCGCGGACGAAAGCUCCUGGUGGGGGGUUGAUUACCACCGGGCAGAUUCAACAAUGA